AACUCUUCCUUCAAGACGCGACUCAAUCUCUAUCAAUAUGGUUGAAUUAGUAGAAGUUGAGGAUGAGUCCUUCGAGUCCAAGCAAAUCGGCCCUUCAGACAACGAGGAGGACUAUUAUACCGAUACUGACUCUGAGAUAUCCACCGAUGAUGAAGAUGUGCCGGACGAAGAGACAAUCGCAGACCGAUUAGUGGCCUUGAAAGACAUGAUCCCACCGACCACUCGAUCGUACAUCGCAGGCAAGGUUGAGACCACCACAAGUUGGUUCAAGUCAGGUUUAUUAUUCAGCGGAAAGACUCUCUGGGUUAUAAGCACGAGUGCGUUAUUGCUGGGCGUACCAUGGGCGUUGGCUUUUGCGGAGGAGCAGCAGAUGGUUGAGAUGGAAAAGGAGAUGAGAAUGCGUGAGAUGGGCGGAGAGCUUCUGUCAUCUGGUGGAUCAGGUACUGCUGGCGCUCUCAAUGCACAACUCGGCGCUCAACAAGGAAAGCCAGCUUUGUAAGAAUGGAUAGGAUUUACAUCAGGGCUUGUUUAUGGAUGGGCAUAUGGGACGAAAGCAUGAAAUGAUUGCAUUGUAUAUCAAUGAUUGUAGGAUGGUUGCAUAAUCGGCAGAUGAGGGAAUCAUGCCUCUGUUGUAAUUCUAGGUAUCUCAGCUCCAGAGC